UGGAAGCAAUGUUGUGCGCUGACGCCUGGAGGGAGGAGGGACAGUCUGGAACUGGGCAGCCGACUUCAGGAAGCCCAAGCAAGAAGAAGAAGAAGAAGAAGAAGAAGAAAAGAAAAGUGUUGCUAGAUCUGGACACGCAGAUAUUUUUCUCUCGAAGUCAGGAGGACAAGAAGCUUUUAUUUUCAGUGAGAAACUAAUAACCACUACCUGACAACCAUGACUUCUCAGAGCACCUAUGGCAGCAACAUCCUGUUCCAGACCAUGAACGAUGACCUGAAUGCAUCUUUGGCCAGCGCAGACGAGCUAGCCAAGGAGUUUAACUCCAUGCUGAGGGAGGCUUCCUCCAGACCCACAGGCACACAGCAUGCAUCCCAGGUUCCCCAGCACAACAUCUCUCCAGCGCCCAGCACGCUAGGGGGGUCGAGCAGCUGGAAUAACCUCAGCGCUACAUCAACACCAUACCAGCCCAGCGCAUCGACCCUCCACCCGAUGGACUCCACGAUCACUAUGAUCAAGAGCGCCCCAACAUCCCCAGCGCCUUCCAUCAGUCCACUUUCUUCGCCCAAGAUCAGCCGGGCCACUUCGCCUCUCCCCCGUGUUGUUCCUGAUGGGUACACCUAUCGGCAGCUGAGCCCCAAGCAUUCGCCCCAAAACAGAAGCUAUGACCAGAGCCCCCGUGGUUCGGUGAGCUACGCGGAGAGGAGCCCAUCCCCUAGCCGCACCGCGACAUCGCACCUACCUGUGCCCUCGCCCAACCGACUCAGUCCUUUUGAAGGUCGCAGAUCGCCUCGGCCUGACCGAGGCCCAUCACCUUUGACUUUUCAUCAUGCUGUAGCUGAAACGCUUCCCCGGACUUUUACUUUCAGGCAACCAGAUGAAGGUGUACAGAGGCAAAAGAGUCCCAGCAAGUGGAACGAAACGGAUCUAGACAUGUCCUUCGAAAGGAAGCCUCACCACACCUAUGACAAGGGCGAGUGGAUCAGAGCAUCCGUGCCUAACAGUAACUGGAGAGAGUCCAACCUGGAUGGCCCUCCUCCAGCCCCCAGCCCCAAAAAGAAUCAUCGUGCUUCCCCUCUUCAGUUCCCCCAUGGUUCAUUGAGCCGGAACAGUCGUGUGACAGUACUUCCGGAAGUAGUAUCGCCAACCCAGUCCCAUCAGUACCACCAGCAGCCCAUCAUCUCCCGUAUUUCAAUUCCGCCUCUUGCUACCCAGUCCCGACAACGCAGGCCCAUCCCACUUUCUGUCAUCAUGCGUCUCCAAAACCCCCACUGGGGUGGCAUGUCUGCCCUGACCACACCAGGGAGGCCUCCUGGAGAUCCAUGGGAGGCGCCCUACCAGCCUACCGCGUCCAGGAACCUCUUCAACCCGGCUGCCAUGCAGCCACCGCCUGAGCUGAGACAACCGGCCGUUUACAGCGAUGCGUUGAACCCGGGUGACAUUGAUGCUGAGCUGUCCCGACUAGAUUUAGUUCACCACCUGCCAAUGAUCCAUGAGAGCGAGCCUCACACCAGUCAAGGGCCUCCUCGACCCCUCAGUCCCACCCGGCUGCAGCCCGUGGUGGCCCCUGAGGCCCACAGCCAGGAGAUCCCUGAUCUGGAGGAGCUGCUCCGCAUCCGCUCAGAGAUCCCCCGGCCUUUAAAAAGGCGCGGCUCUGCAGACCAGUCGCGGCCUCUGAAGAACGCGUCACAGUAUGAGCCCAAUCAGUACAAGAAGCUCAUCAACAAGCUCUUCCAGCGCAAGGAGCAGCGGCAUAAGGGCGAGGGCGGCGGCGAGCGGGGGAGCGAGAGCGGCACCUCAUCGGAGGGAGAGGACAACAGCGCCGCACCUCCUCCAUCACAGGCCCCCAAGGCCUCCAAGCACCAGGACUGCAGAAACUACCAUUCCAUCCUGAGGGCCAGCCGGGAGCGUAAAAGUACCGGGAGGCGAGCCCGCCUGAGCCCACUGGUGCUGGCGCUGGAUGGAGCGCUUGUGGGCGAGCUGGAGACGGUGCAGCGGGCCGUACAGGAGAUGCUGGACCCGAGUCAGCCGAACGACGAAGGGAUCACGGCGCUCCACAACGCCAUCUGUGGCGGCCAUUACAACGUGGUAGACUUCCUGGUUCGGAUCGGUGCCAAUGUCAGCGCCCCGGACAGCCACGGAUGGACUCCGCUGCACUGCGCGGCUUCGUGCAACGACCGGCCGUUGUGCGAGUUUCUGGUGAGGAAUGGCGCAGCUGUGAUGGCAAUGACGGAGAGCGACGGCGCCACGGCCGCACAGAAGUGCGACCCCUAUGCAGUCGCCUUUGAGGAGUGCGAGAGCUUCCUGAGAGGCGUGGAGGAGGCUAUGGGCAUGGAGAACAGCGGCGUACUUUACGCCCUGUGGAGUUACCCGGCCCAGGCCCCCGACGAGCUCACCUUCCGGGAGGGAGACAUGGUCACCAUCCUCCAGAAGGCCGACGGGUCCGACUGGUGGUGGGCCUCGCUCUGCGGCCGCGAGGGCUUCGUGCCUAACAACUACUUUGGGCUUUUCCCUAAGGUUCGGCCCAAAUCUUUCUCCUAGCUGUGGAAAUUAUACAGGGGUCAAGCAGCUCAUGUAAUGUAGUGUGUGUGUCCGCAUGCACUUAUGUUUGUGAGUGUGUUUACAUGUGUAAGUGACAGAGAGAAAGAGUGAGAGAUCAGUCGAGGACAGCUGAAGGAUGAGUCAGUAUUCUUUUUUUUUUCCCACUUUGCUCUUAGUUGCAUUUAAUGCAAGGCACACAUACAUGCACCCACCCACAUCCACAAUCAUGGAAUGUCUGAUUGGUUCCAGCUGGGGUGAAGCUCAUGUUCAAUUGUACAUUUUUUUUUUUUAAAUCAAACCGCUUUUUUUUCCAUUCCCUGUUCUGUGUGAACCUCAAUACUCCUGCCAACAAUAUUCCAGUUUUUGAUAUGGCAAAGUGUGAUGUGUAAAGCUUUCUACUGCUUAUCUAACUGGAAAAGAACAACAACAACAAAAAAGAAUAUCCUCAGUAAGUAUUAAAUCAAUGUCUGUUUGUGUAUAUUGUUUGGAGAUGAUAGAUUGAAUAAUAAUAAUAAUACUGAAAACCCGUUAUGUUACCGUUGUCUAAUAAGAAUGCAAUGCCCAGCUCUAACCACAGGGUGGUCUCAUGUAAUCUUGUUUCAAUAGAGUGCUCCUCUGUAAUGUGAGCAAUUAAACCUUGGAUUGUGCUUUGAAUUCAUAAAUUUUAUGUGUUUUCCAUUCCCCAUUCACAGUCAGAGCAAUGAACAAUUUAGAGUCCACAAUGAAUCUUACAUUUAUGUUUUUGGAAUGUAGGAGGAAGACAAAAAUGGACUGCUGGGUCAAUUGUUCUGGGAGGAAAAGGGAAGUGGCCUGCGGGUCAUCAAUGUUGUAUACUUUGCCUUUUGUCCAUUGAACAUGUCUAAUGGAGGAUGAGGUCGGAGCAAGGCUGCAUUAAUUAUAUUAAAAAAAAA